GCCUGCUGGUCGUGGAAAAUGGCUCUGGUUUUUAUAUUGCUGAUCCUCCUGCUAGGUUUUGUGGGAUACGUCGCCUAUGUGGUCCACAAGAAGGGCAUAGAUCCCAAAGACAUCCGCAUCCACAGCCUGCAGGACGCCAAGAAGCUGCUGAAGCCUCCACCAAGUGGAAAUGGACCCCACAAAUAUUUGGAGAAAAGGGCAUGAGGUCUUGUUUACGGAAACUCACUUUUGGCCGGCGUGCUUGUUGCUCCCAGCGACGUGUUGGAUCCGAAGAACGACAUGAUGCGGUAUUCUCAAGGACGUUACUUUGCCGCACAGUUUGGGUUGCCUUUCCUAGGGGCCGGAAUUUGUACAAUUCUAUUUUAUUGUAAUAAAAUUAGUCUUAAUCCUAAUAAACGUAAAAUUUUGGCGCUUUCUAGCAGUGUUACCAGAUUGUAAAUGGGCUCUCACCCUUGCUGACAACAACACUUGAAUUUCCCUUAUUAAUUUGGUAACACUGCCGCGCGGUCUAAAUUAUCGAUAGUCUUAGGCCCGACUUUUGAUUAUUAGUACGCUAUAAUUUGAAAUUUGGCGGCAAGAAAAUCAAUUCGCCACUUCAAUAAUCCUGUCAAGUUUUUAAUUCUAGUUUACGCCUCCUCUCU